UUCACUCUUGGACACUGAACAUUAUACCUGUCACGUCGUGAACUGCGGAGGAAGAAACAAAACGCUACAAAAACUUCGCUUAAAAGUUUGAUUUUUUUUUUGUCUGGUUGGACGCGUUUUCUUUGGCGCCACAGCAUCCUGCAGUGUGAAGUAAACGGAAAGGUGUUUUUACAACCUCUGCUGUGCUGCUGUGCUCCCCCCCUAUCAGGUGCCCCCGCUUUAUCCCUCCCUCCUCUCCACCCUUUCGACUCCACCUCUUCCACCAUGUCCUCUCAGGCCACGCCCAUCCACGGGGCAAGAUCAACUACCCCUCCGUUAACCUCCGGGGGAUCCCGAGCUCCUUCCACUUCUCCACUGUCAACAGAGUCCCUGCGGCCUCCUGCCUAUAGACACAGAGACCGCUCCCCCUCCCCCAUGAGAGGCUACCUCAUCCCCAGCCCACUGCCCACACGCAGAAACAGGACCUGCUCAGCGACGGCUCGAGCAGCAGAGGGUCCCACGUAUAUUGGGGUGUGUAAAUAUUUCUCCCGCUCCAAAGGCCAUGGCUUCAUCACGCCAUCCGACGGAAGCAAAGACAUCUUCGUUCACAUCUCAGACGUUGAGGGUGAGUACGUGCCGGUGGAAGGCGACGAGGUGAGCUACAAGGUGUGCUCCAUCCCUCCCAAAAACGAGAAGAUCCAGGCGGUGGAGGUGACCAUCACCCAUCUCAAACCGGGAACCAAACACGAGACCUGGACAGGACACGUCAUCACCAGCUAAAUGCGGAGUCUCGCAAGGAAAGGGGAUGAAAGGGGGCAGGGGGGUCAACGAAGCCAGCGGGUGGGGAAGGGAAAAGAUGGAAGAAAUGGGGAGGGGACGGAAGGGUGGAUGGAAAAUAGGGAUCGUUACCAGGUUUAACACUCCGAGGCAGCUGGGAUACGUCAUGAAGAGACUCGGCUGAUGUAGAUGUGUGAAUCAGAAGGUUGGAGGCUUCCUCUGUCCUUCAUGGGAAAUGGGCGACUAUAUUUUGUAAAAUCAUACAGUUGCUUUCACUGGUAUAUGACUAGACUUAUGAUUAAAAGUGGAAUAUGUUUAUCAUAGACUUAUAACAUUAGGUUUCUUUGCUUUGAUUUUUUUUUUUUAGAAACCCUGCGUUGACAUUUGAUCAUACAUCGUUGGUGAGGUAAUUCAUUUCAGUUGCAAUAAUUUGCGUUCAGGAGAGUUUUGCAUUACAAUAAAUAUGUUCAGUUCCACUUUGCAGCCUUUGAGAUUAACAAAGUAAUGUGGGGAGUGUUGAAGAAACCAUGCAGGAAGGGAAAGUUCCGCCCCCACAUUGCAGGCACUCCAUGUUACAUUGUUUUGCACCAUGGGGUUAUCUUUCAGGUAUACACAAUGUGUGCCUACUUCUACCCAGAGAACUUACAGCUCUGUUUGUGCCUACUUAUAUCAUCUAUCAUCUGUAUUUGAUCAUGUUUGGGUGACAAUAUGAGUGAAUUAAAGCAUUUUCAU